GCGUGAGGGUUGUUGGGAUGAAGUGACCGAACGCGAGGGAGAACUUGCUCCGUGCAAACCUCAUCUUGGACACCCCCUAGAAUACGCUCAGCCCAGGGUCAAUUCCCCUUCGGUUCCAUCGGUGGAAAAAUGGCGCGGAUUACUCUUUUCAUAUUGAUGCUAACGGUGCUGGUUGGUUUGGAGGUUUGUGGAAAACAUACAGAAAGGGUCAACAGAGGGCGUCGUAUAAUAAAGGCGUUGGGAGUGACAAAAGGUGACGUCAGACAGCCUAAGCUUCAAGUCGUUGAAAAGACCACCCCACAGCAACCCUCACCAGAGUGCGAAGGAGUCAAAUGUGGACCCGGUGAACAGUGCAAAGUAACGGCUGAAGGAAAGACCACGUGCAUAUGCACCCAAGAGUGUCAUGACCGUAUUCGUCUAAUCUGCGCAUCAGAUGGAGUGACGUAUACCAAUAAGUGUGAGAUGCGACGCCUUGCCUGCCAGAGAGGCACGCGCGUGUCGGCAGUACACGAGGGCAUGUGUGCACCUAUGCCGACAGAUCCUUCGACAACAGUUGGUGUGGUCUCCGACUCGCCGGUACAUCCUAUUGCCUGUUACCAAGACCAACGGGACGCCCUGCAGCGUAACAUCGUGGAAUGGCUACUGGGACGAGAGACGCGCGAAGACGGGGGAGUAGAAGGUGACGAGAGGGUGUACGAAACCGUGCUCUCGGACUGUUUCGCGCGCUUUGACGAGACAGAGGACGCCCUUCUAGACCCGAAUGAAUUCCUCAAGUUCGUAGAGCAAAACCAGACUCUUCAUAACUCUACAGGUGACCUUAAUCGUGACAUUAAAGCAGACACUUUGCUAAGAGGACUUUGCAUCGAUGCUCUUCUUGCUGGUGCAGAUAGUAAUUUCGAUUGGAGGCUGAGUUUGACGGAGUUUAAGGCAGCCAUGAUGCCCGACUUCAGCCCACCAACAAAGAAGUGUUCUCUUAAUGGCAACUUCUUUCAAGACGGAGAACAAAAUAGAAAUAACUGUAACUUCUGCGUUUGUGCAUGCGGUAGCUGGGUCUGUACAGGAAACGCUUGCAUCCGCGAGAGGGCGCCCGAAGAGACUGAUACUACUUAGGGUUAUUAAGGUACAUGUUAUGGCCUUUUUCGAAACCACGGCUUCGGCUUUGGAUUCGGCUUCAGGCUCCGGUCCUCUCGUGUGAAAUCCUGGGCGCGUAUACGCAAAGCUAGCGCAAUAAUUGUCAAAACAAUCGCGGUGCCAAGCUAGCCUGAGCCGAAUCCAAAGCCAAAACCCAGUCGUUUCGAAAAGGGCCUAUAAUUAUACCGACAGUGUUAAAUGUCUCCCUCUACGAUGGCCACGCUACACUACAGAAUCUCUGGGGGACAGAAUCUUCCGUCUGCCACACCGACAAGAGCAAAUUUAAAAAAGUUUCGAGUUCUUCAAUGAAAAUAUCGCAAAGGAAUGACAAUUAACAACAAAUCCAGGAAAAUGUGCUCAGCCUGAGUGUGUUAUAAUAAUACGAUCUUUUGGGAACUAAUAAUUUUGUUGACGUCACUGUUCUCUUCGCUGCAUUUCGAAAACAACAUUUUUUAACUUUCAUUUUACAAAGAGGUUCACCUUUAGUAGUGUUUUGUUUUUACACAGACGAGCCCUUUUUGUUUACUAGCAUUAUGGAUUCGCGUUUAACUUUGUAACCAGGGCUAAAACCUAAAAAGACAAAGUGCCAAAUAAUGUAAAUAAAUACAAUAAACAACAACGGGAAAAGUUUGUUAUUAUUAUAUUAAUUAGUAUAGGUAAUUACAAAUACCGGUAUACGUUGUCCAGUGCCUCAAACGAAAGAGACUACACGAAGUGCUUAAAGGAAUACUGUGCCUUGGAUCGGACGAGUAAGUCUUUGAAAAGUGUUUGUUAUGAAAUGCAAUGGUUAGAUACAUAACUUAAAAG